UGCGCAUACGCAACGCCUAGACCCAACCAUGAAUAUAUCUUCUGAAUUCAUCGCUGCAGGCGGAAAUCGAAAUCCUGCUGCGGCUGACUGGGAUGAGGCUGGAUCGCAACUGCUAGCGUUCGGCGCAGACAACUGCAUCGCACUCUGGGAUCCUCAGGAUGAAAGUCUUCGCGGCGUACAAGCGAUUCUGAGUGGUCACACCAAAGCUGUGAACGCUGUCAAAUUCUUUCCAACACAACUCCCCAAUGUCUCAGUCUUGCUCAGUGGAUCUGCGGAUAACACCAUUCGCAUAUGGCGAGGUCGAAGAGACGAAUCGUUUGACUGUGUCAAGACGAUUUCAGAUCACACUCAGCCAGUCACCAGAGUAGCUGUGCUGCCUGGCUCAGACACCUUGGCAACUGGAUCUUCAGACGGCACUGUCAAGCUCUGGAAGCUUGUUCAUGAUGCAGACUUCGGGUCCGUCGAUGUCGAGCUUGUACAGACCAUCACACUGUCACCAAAAUACUUCCCUCUGAACCUCGCACUUGCGACACUAGACGAUAAAUCUACAGUGCUAGCAGUUGCGGGCACGCGUAGCACCAUUCAAGUCUUCGUGUCGCAAGAGGGCCAAUUCCAGCUUUCGGCAACUCUCACAGGUCACGAAGGAUGGAUACGCGCGCUUGCAUUUAUUAGAGAGACAUCCGAUUUGAACAGCGAUUUGUUGCUGGCAUCCGCAAGCCAAGACAAGUACGUCCGUCUCUGGCGCCUCCACCGCGGAGAGGAACUUCCUGCUGCCAGUAGUGCACUCAACGACCCAGCGUUAGGUGGGCUAGGCAAGUCGCUGUCAAAUAAAGCACACUGGAUCAAUUCUGCUGCCUCAAAGUAUUCCAUAACAUUCGAGGCAUUGCUACUGGGCCAUGAAGAUUGGAUAUACCAGGCCGCGUGGCGACAUCGCGAGGGAAAGCUCCAGCUACUCACCACUUCUGAAGACAACUCACUCGCCAUCUGGGAGUCCGACCCUAACUCUGGUGUGUGGGUUUGCAUUACCAGAUUAGGCGAGAUCAGCGCGCAGAAAGGCUCGACAAGCGCUACUGGAAGUGCUGGAGGGUUUUGGAUUGGUCUGUGGUCUCCAGAUGGCAACACCGUUGUAUCCCUGGGACGAACGGGCAGCUGGAGGAAGUGGACAUACUCAGCCAUGGAAGAUAUGUGGACGCAGCGAGUCGCCAUCACAGGACAUGUGCGCGAGGUCAAAGGCGUAAGCUGGUCAAGAGAUGGCUCUUACAUGCUCUCCACUGGUUCCGAUCAAACCAGUAGGCUCUACUCGCAAUGGAAACGAGAAGGCGCGUCAGCUUCCUGGCAUGAGUUCUCGCGACCCCAAAUUCACGGCUACGAUUUGAAUUGCAUCGACGCGGUCUCCAACACUCAGUUUGUUUCAGGUGCGGAUGAAAAAUUGCUGCGCAUUUUCGACGAACCCAGAGGUGUAGCAGAGAUGCUCCAAAAUCUUUGCAAUAUCAAGGCGCCAACUACUGCUGAACUUCCAGACGCAGCCAACAUCCCCGUCCUUGGUUUAUCAAACAAAGCUAUCCAAGCUGUGGGAGAUGACGAGCCAGUCGAGAACGGCGACGAAGACGAACGUGAAGCCGUCGACCCUGCCUCCGUAAUCCGCAAAUCGACGCUGGACUUCAGUCACCCACCAUUCGAGGAUCAUCUGGCACGCCACCUACUAUGGCCGGAGACAGAGAAGCUAUACGGACACGGCUAUGAGAUAUCCGCUGUUGCAGUGAGCCGAGAUGGAAGUCUUGUUGCAACGGCCUGCCGAGCUAGCUCCAUCGACCACGCCGUCAUACGGCUGUACGACACGAAAGAAUGGCUAGAAGUCAAGCCUGCACUCAAGGCGCAUUCACUUACCGUCACAGCGCUACAGUUCUCACCAGACGACAGGUACCUUCUCAGUGUUGGACGGGACAGACAAUGGGUCAUCUGGGAGCGCAGCGAAGAGCCGUCGUUAUACACACUCAAGCACUCGAAUCCAAAGGGCCAUUCGCGCAUGAUACUAGGUGCAGCCUGGACGCCUCUUGAGCAACCUACAUUCAUGACUGCUGGUCGAGACAAGAGUGUCAAGAUCUGGCAGAUCGUCGAGAACGAUGUGCAGCUGAAGGCUACCGUAUCAGCAAACGCCGCUGUUACCGCUGUUGCCUGUAACGGCGUGCAAUCAGGUGGGAAGAUCAUGUUUGCCUUUGGCACAGAGAACGGAGAGAUGGGCAUUGCGAGCAUAUCGCCAGAUGCUUUGGACCAGGCACAAGUAUCAAUGAUCAAGGCAGACUUGGUUCCGGCGAAGACCGUCAAUCAGAUCGUCUGGCGACCUGGAAGAGCGGAUGGCGAGCCACAACAGGUCGCCGUAGCAAGUGAUGACACGUCCUUGCGCGUCUUCAAUGUUUCGGAUGAGGUAUUGCAGCACUAGCAGAAGGCAUCGCGAAGGUGAUACAUAUCGACUGUUGGAUAAACUUUACACUAUUACGUAGGUUUCGCUG